CCUCAGCAGCGCGUUCAAAUCCCUCAGACAGCUACUGGGCACCGCCGAGGGGACCGGCCCAGGAGUGGGACAAUAAAAUCCCUGACACCACUGUUCAAGAGGCCUCGGGGGGGUGGAAGGCCAGGCCAGCUGCACGGGUAUAAAGCUGUCCCAGGCUCCCAGCACGGCACUGCAGCACAGUUGUUUGCCAGGCUCCUCCAGCGCUCUCCAAUGGAUAUCACCAUUCAUAACCCCCUGAUCCGCAGACCCUUCUUUUCUUGGUUGGCACCGAGUCGUAUCUUUGACCAGAUUUUCGGGGAGCACCUGCAGGAGUCAGAGCUGCUCCCUGUUUCCCCCAGCUUCAGCCCCUUCCUGAUGAGAUCCCCCAUCCUUCGGAUGCCCAGUUGGCUAGAGACAGGACUCUCUGAGAUGCGACUGGACAAGGACAAGUUUUAUGUAAAUCUCGAUGUGAAGCAUUUCUCCCCCGAGGAGCUCAAAGUGAAGGUGCUCGGGGACAUGAUAGAGAUCCACGGGAAGCACGAGGAGCGCCAGGACGAGCACGGCUUCAUCGCCAGGGAGUUCAACAGGAAAUACAGGAUCCCCGACGACGUGGACCCCCUGACCAUCACCUCGUCCCUGUCCCUGGACGGGGUGCUGACCGUCAGCGCGCCCAGGAAGGUGAGCGACGUCCCCGAGCGCUCCAUCCCCAUCACCCGCGAGGAGAAACCGGCCAUCGCAGGCGCCCAGAGGAAAUAGGGCUGUGCCCACACACAGCCCCCCCGGGGCCAGUCCGCGGCACCUGGCACCAGGUGCUGAGGGGCUGCUCUUAUUAUUUAUGCCGAGUAAGUUUACUAACGAAUAAACCAUGAAUAAGCA